GCAGCUUGGAUCCAGAGACCGCAGCGCAUCCUCGGCUGCUGCUAGCCCGCAGACACACACACACACACACACACACACACAGGAGAGCGGACAGGCAGGACACCGGGCCAGCCUCCCGGGUCAUAUCACAACAAACCGCGUCCUGGAGAGAAGGGCAUGGGGGGCCACCUAGCCCGCUUGGCUAACUAGAUUUCCUUGAAGCGGAGAAGGCUCACGGCCGGUGUCGUCCAGCAAGAUGGUAUCCUGGAUCAUUUCGAGGAUAGUAGUUCUUGCCUUUGGGACUCUCUAUCCAGCAUACUCCUCGUACAAGGCUGUCAAAACGAAGAAUGUGAAGGAAUAUGUGAAGUGGAUGAUGUACUGGAUAGUAUUUGCGUUGUUCACUACAGCAGAGACGGCCACAGACCUGCUCUUAUCAUGGUUUCCAUUUUACUUUGAGCUCAAGAUUGCCUUUGUGAUCUGGCUCCUGUCCCCAUACACCAAGGGCUCCAGUGUCCUCUAUCGCAAGUUUGUCCACCCAACCCUGUCCAACAAAGAGAAGGAGAUAGAUGAGUACAUCGCACAGGCCAAAGACAGGAGCUAUGAGACCAUGAUGAGGUUUGGAAAGAGGGGUCUCAACCUGGCUGCUAAUGCUGCUGUCACUGCAGCCACCAAGGGACAAGGCGUGCUGUCAGACAAGCUGCGGAGUUUCAGCAUGCAGGACUUGACUCUCAUCAACGCUGACGAUGACCUAUCUCUGCACACUCCAGACGCCCGCAUGAGACGGGACCCGAUGGACGAGAUAAGUUCGGGGGCCAGCACGCUGCCCCGGGCCAAGAGCUCCACUGCACGACAGACUCGCUCUUUGGCGGCCGCAUCCCUUGCUGACGACGCGUCGUCCCAGCACGGCUCUGACCAAUCAGACACGAGGACUGAACACUCCGAUGAAGAUGUGGGAGAAAAAGCCCCCAAACGCUCUACCAGCGUCAAGACAACCAAGAAACCUGCUGCUGCUAAGACGGAGACUCAAACCAAGACGAUGAAGAAGCCGACAAAGAAAAAGGCCACGACUAAUAAUGCAGAGACGCCACCAUGAGGCCUGCUGUCCACACUCGCUCCACCCGCAGCCUGCAGGCCCUCCUCCACACAAACACAUACACACUGUAUAUAUCAAGCACUGACAUUGUGUCACUCUUGCUGGUUUUUGGAGCAAAGUGCAGGUUUGGUUUUUAGCCGUUUGUGGCCACACUUAGUUUGGAGAAGGUUCUUUUACAUUUACUGGGCUGUUUCAUAUUUUGUCUCAUACUUACUUACGAGUUCAUGUCAGAUUAACAGUCGGGGAUGUUUCUUAGACAUUUUUUUUUAAUCUGGUAAAGGUUAGUUAUAUAUUAAUAAAUUCUGUUAUUUAUUGUUUUUUCUCUUUUAUCCUUAGACACAUAUGUACGUCCCCAUAGUGGAUGAGCAUGUAAGCUGGCCAUGUGCAGUUUUCCAGUCUCACUGAUUCUUUGCUCUUAGUUAUCUAGGUGUGGGUCCUCUAAGUUUCCUCUUGGCUGCUCCUACCUGGUUACGGUUGAAAGAAAAAAGGCUCACCCUCUCUGUGCAUGUAGGCCACAAGUCUGGAGCCUCAUCUGGACCAUGUCAUGAUGGUGGAAAUUCUCAGACAUUGUAGUGUCUGGAGCACAGACAAUAUAAUGUGCCUGACAUUUUUACUGAGGAGUGAGAAGAUUGUGGAGAUCAACUUUAAAGCCUGUAUUGACAUCCUUAUUACUUUUUCACACCUAAUACCUAAUAGAUACCUAACACUUUUGACUACAACUCAGCACCAUAAUACAUGUCUUUCAGCUGCCACCAUAUCCAUGUGUCUGGUUUCACAGGAUUGUUGGUGAUCAGAUUUUUUUUUUUGCUUCUCUAUUUUACCCUAAUUUUAAAUUAAUUUGAGGCUUCACAGCUUGUGGAAGAGUUUAAGUUAAGUUUCUCCUCAUUAGGUCUACAUCGCUCCGUGUGAGUCUGGCUCUGCAAAGUUCAGGUCUCACAUUACAGUGUUUUCCUCACUGCUUUUAUGUGACUUUCAAGUCAUGCACAGUACUGGUGAUGGAGUGGUUUGUUUAGUGUUUGCUUAGUUAUCCUUCAUCUAGACAUCGCGCUCUCAGGUUGUAUUUAUCCAUGAUCAUUUAUUUAUUACGCUUCUGUUUGAUCCAGUUCUUCUGGUCAUUUGAUAUUAGUAAUAAGUAUGAUCAGUUGUGCAUAGCCGGGUCUCUUAAGGUUAGGCAGUAAUUGAGUGCUGGUGUUGCUCUUUCCCAGUAAAUACAAUAGUCAUAGAGGAGUUGCCGGUGUUUGUGAGGUAACACAUCUGCUUUCACUACAGCACUGUGUAUUGUUUGCUUUCUCACUCCUUUUACCCGGCUGUGUGGUGACACUUUGCUUCUUUAUGAUAUUUCCACAUCUUAGAAGCCAGGAUAGAGCAAAGCAGUAUGGAAAAAAUGAAACCAACACCAGGAGACUGUGAGGAAUCAUUUCCUCAUCUCUGUGCUGUUGUUUCAGAUGUGGAGGGAGUGUCAGACCAGGCUGUGGGUGUUUCUGAACACACUUUGGUUCUGGGAUGGGCUCUUCUGGUUGACAGCCUCUGCAGUAGGCCUGGUUUCCUCAGAGUGCUCUGUAAUGAGACAUUUCAAAGCAUGAGAAUACUUCAGCACUGAUUUCUGCUAUUUGCAGUGUGACAAUAGUGUGAUCCAGUAGAGGGAGACAAAGUCCACCUCAACUGUAUGUAGAAUUACUAAAUGAUAUGUAAACACAAUGUAAAUAGUAACCGUGACUGUAUAUACAGUAUGUGUGAGCUUGCUUGCCUUGUUCAUUCUCUGGGCUGAAAUCCAUUUAUUUUGUAAUCAUCUGUGUGCUUAUUUUAAUUCUUAGCCUUGAUAAAUCACAUGCUCUGAAACUGGAAGACUCUCAGACUUCACCAGUAUGGACUUCUGGUGUUGGAAGUGAUUUUUAUAUUUUUUAGUCCCCCCAGUCCUUUUCUUUUUAAGACAUUUUAGCUCCUCUCCAUCACAAAGUAGAGAAUUUCCAGACUGAGUCUAAACUGAUGUUUGUGCAUGAACAUCCUGCUAUGUGCUCUACUCAGACUGGUUAUAAAGUGUUUUAGGGCCAAAGGUUGAAAACCAGCCUGUCCCCUGCCUCCUUCUUAAUUUAAUGUUUGUACUGAAAGACAAGAAGACGGCACAUAAUUAAGACAUUUUGUCUUAUGAAGAUACAACCCUGCAUUUUAUCUUGUGUUCAUGCCAUUUUUUAAAUAUUUAUUGUUUAUUAUUUUCUGUUUAAAAGCAUUAUUGUAUACAGGGAUGUUCAUUUGUGGAUUAUUUGUGCCAAUUCUCAAAGCUCCAUGUCAGAAAGGAUUACAGUAUGUGUGCUGGGACAAUGGCAACCCAACAAGCUCAUAUAUCAGUAAUGAAACUACUAAUAAAGCAAAUUAAAUCAGUGUGUUA